AUGCCUCGUCGACGCUCCACAACUCAGCACUCUCGCCCCGACGAUAGGCACAACGGUCACCGCCACCAUCGAAGUAGUCGUCAUAAGCAUGAGAACAGGACAGGCCAUUUGUCCCGGGGGACAACAGGCGAAGUACAAGAGGAUCAGCUGGAUAUUGAGGGAUCGCUGCACGGACACUCGCCGACGAGAAGCCUCCCAGAGUCCAGCAGGAACGAAGUGCCCCCCACUUCAUCUUGGGAAGUGCCGGGGGAGCCACGAAGGAGGAGAAGGAGGAAGAGCGAACCUCAAGAUGGCAUAUGGCCUACGUUGUGUAGUCUUUGCCUUACUAUCGGAAUCCCUCUCAUCAUAGAGGGAUUCGCAAAAUCACGCCGGCGGCACCGGACGACCUCUACAAGGUACAGAGGGAGGAGCGAAGAGCCCAAAGAAACCACCCACUUCCGGGCCCAGGAACAUGAUGACUUUGAGCCAGAACCUGAUGCUCGUGUCCAGGACUGGGUUGAGCAAAGAGCAGAAGAGAUGGAAGAAAUUCCAGUCGAAGCGCCCCCUGAUACUUUGCCGAGUGUGCCGGACCCCUCCCAGGAGAUCGACGUUGGCGAGGAGAUACCAGCGGACACCGACCUACCCCCGAACGAUGAUUGCGAAGCAGCAGGAGCCACAAGUUCUUCAAUAAGUACCUACUACCAUGUGUUCACUUUGAGUAUGACUGCCGAACGCCUCGCUAGUCUAGGAGGUAGAAGUGGAAGCCGGAAGUCACAACACGAAUCAUCACGUCCGAGAGGCUGGAACAAGAUAGUCAAGGUUCCAGACACGUACGACUCGCUUCCACUCGACAAAUGGAUGAGUAGCGUGGGGUGGUCCUGGAAAGACCCGGAGGCAGAGGGCUGGACGCCAGAGGAUAGUGUGCCGGAGGAAUUAAGAUUGGGCAAGAUAGACAAGUCAAGGACACUGAGAGGGUUGUCUAGACAAGACAUUGACGAUGUCAAGAGUAAGGUUUGGACAGGGUAUGUGCGCUUCUACCAGGACGUGAUAAGAGCGAAGCCGCCAGUGCAUCUUGCAAGCGAGGGGCAAGAAGAGGAUGUUGCUGAAGAAGCCGGGAUGACAGUGUAG